UGCCACGCGCACUCAAUGCGUUACACACUGUACGCCACUAGCAUGCGGAUGGUUUUGUUUACGCGCCUUUCGCUCGUUUGUGUACGCGGUGAGCGCAUCAUCGUCAACCCGUAACCGUAACUGACUAUAUCGUUAUCAGCUGUACGGAUCAAUGCAUUGCCCAUUGCUGACCGAGCGCGUUCGACCAGCCAUAAGUCUAGCCAGCAUCCCACCAGCUAGCCACACGCCACACACAACAAGCGUGUGUUUUCCAGCGAAAGGAACGUUCUUUUUUAUUCAAUCAACAAUGAGCCUUUUCCUGAACGGACGCACCUACAGCUGUUUGGUGUGUCCAAGGUCCAGCCCCUCCUGCACGGAGCAGCACCACCCUUUGCAGCGGUUGAUCUCGUACGACGAGCUGCUCUCCAAAUAUGCCCGUAAGGUGAACAGAGAUCAGUACGAUCCGAUCGGUAUCUACACAUGUCCCUACUGCGCUCUGGACCGGCUGACCGUUGAUGCACUGUACGAGCAUUCGCGCGAUUCUCAUCCUCCGGCGAGGGUCGAGAAUGUUCCUGCCGUACACUGUCCCGUUUGUGUGUGCUUUCGGUUGGAAAAGUCGCCCGCCCUGCUGGGACCACCGUACACCACCGGCAGUCUAUCGGAGCACAUGCUCAGCAGGCAUUGCUUUGCCAGCACGCAUCAGUAUCGGGACGAGCUGAAGCUUCGCAGUGACUUCUGUUGCGACGGGGAGUAUGAGCUGAUCCGAUUUAUGGCCACGUUUUUACCGCCCGCCAUCAUCAGCACGGACGUUGUAGCGCGAUAUGGGAGGAACGAUGACGAUCGUCUCCUCAGCACAGCAAAACAAAUGCCGUCGACGGUGCUGUGUCCCAUCUGUCUGGAGCAUAUCGAUGCAGCAUCAGGCAAAAGUUUAGCGCUGUGUGCACAUCAGUUCCACAGCCCGUGUAUCGACCGGUGGCUGGAGGAGAAGAAGUGCUGCCCUGUCUGUAGGUGCGAUUGUUCCUGAUCAGAC